AAGCUGCCAAUCUAAUAAUAUGUGGAUAAAAAUGAUCUGCACCGGCGACCCAUGAUGAACAAGGAAAAGCCAGUUGAAGAAUAAGUUCAUUCCAGAUUGUCAGCCAAUGUUUAGUCUUCCCUUUUCCCUCGUGAUGGAACUACAGCAUCACCAUUUAGUUUUGGUAAUUCUUGUGUGUUUCACAACAGUGAGUUUUUAUAAAGUUAUAUCCACCGAUAAAGGAUAUUACUACAGACCUACCACGUCCUUUGCAACAAGCACGAAGAUUUCAGACGUUGAUGUGUGUCGCUCGCUAUUCACUAUUAAUGGCGUUCCUAGCAAGAACGUUUUCCGCCAUGUUGCCACGAGCGAGACACCCGGGGCAAAAUCCAGGGCUACCGUAACCUACGGCGAGGAAGAGAUCGCUGCUGCUGCCAGGGGAGUGCGGCACUUGGUGCACAAGAGGGCGUCAUCCUCGGGGCCUGACACGGCCGACUAUCGCGUCCUCGGCGCCCUUCUGCCCAAUCUCGUGUCCUUCGAGCACCUCAAAGGAGAGGGCGAAGCCCCGGCCGGGACGAAGCAGGGUCAGCCGAGGCCGCACGUCCGAGGGGGAAGCAGAAUCGACGCCGGCGGAGGCGUGUUGCCCUUCGUGCCGUGCGUCAUCGCGCCCUACGACCAGCCGGCCUCCUUCGCCACCUGCGUCAGGAGGAGGCUGGAGGAAAAGGGCUCCUUCUGGAUCUAUUUCAUGGGGGACUCCAAAAUUAGACACGUGUUCCUGCAUUUAUUGGAUCGGACUGACAAGAUAUUCCGCUACAGGAUUGAGUGUAAGAACGAAACGAUGACGUACAGAGAGUUGGACAGACGAAUAGGCGAGAUGAGGUGGGAGACCAUGGAGGCCGUGGCCCCGCUGUUUCCGGGCCUGCGUGUCACCAACAGGUUCAGCAUGUUCGAGGAACACCGGCCAUCCAAGUUCUCGAAGUCGAAGGAGCUGAGGCAGCUUCAGCGCUGGUCCGAAGGCGCUGAGGAUCUUCCCGACCUGCUGAUUGUAGGCUACACUUCCUGGAUGCUGCAGCAGACCCGCCUGUAUGACAACACUACAUCUCGCUCCAUACACGAUGUGCUGGCGAUGAUGCUCGAAAUGCACCGUUACGUUGUGCCUCGUCUGGAAAAGAUAUCAAAGGCCACGCGAGUCAUCGUGCUGUCCCAAAGCCGCCAGCGUCCUCACUCCCCGAAUAAGUUCAACAGAAGGGCGACCUUCAGCAACGUGAACCUCGAAUGGAGUGAAAUGACGUUCUUGCACUUGAUGCGAGCAUACAGAGAGGGUCAUGUCUUCGUUCCUCGUGACGGGCAGCAGGCAGACGCCCAGGACAGCGAGCACGAAACGAAUCGUCAGGGAUCGUUCGACUGGAAUCAUGCAGAGAAGACGCGGCAGUCCACACACAAUCAGGAUCGUGAUUUCAGUAACGAACCGCAAGACAGAGGCGCUGCAGACGAUGGAGAACUCCUCCCCGGUAACAACCAUAGGCACGGCCAACGACUAAAAGACCACUCAGUGUCGUACCGGGACCAUCUGAUCCCUGCAAUGUCCACGCCGGGCCUGUGGUGGUGGGACUCGAACCUCCCGAUCAACUUGGCGGAGAUCGAAGAGUGCAACGAGCUUCACCGUCGAGACCUGACUGGUGACGUGGCUUACACAGGUCCUCCUCUCGUUUGCAGGGACGAUCACCACGCCGGACCGGGCACGUCUUCUGAUCUCGUUACCAUGUUACUGAACCUAGUAUGUAAUUCCGUCUUAGGUAUGUCUGAGAUAUUCUGUUGCACGUGA